CGGCGUAUGCGGACCUGUCGUGUGCAACAUGGACGACGAUGGGCUGCCGAUUAUUGGUCACGGUGUUGAUUAUGCCAAGGUCCCACCGAUCCAGCAGAAGAGGACUCUAGCUUUUCUCAACUAUUUCCUAACAAGGACAACUUCGUUUCUCAAUCAUUUCGCAACGGUUUGUGAUGAGAAACUGGAAGACCUACUCGUCAGAAUACAGAGACUGGAAGCAUCUAUGUGCAUCUUGGAGGCGAAACUUUCUUCAAUUCCUGGCCUCGAGAAUGUAACGGCCAGUGCAACUGAAGCCAAGCCGGAGGCGAAUGAUCGGCAGAGUACAACACAGGCCACAGCUGAACAGAGCCAGUCGCAGCAGCCACAGGCAAAUGGUCCCACAACUGACACAAAAGCUGAACCCCUCAAGGCAGCAGACACAGCAACACAGCCUCCAGCUGCACCAACAAACACUGUCUCCAAGGAUCCUAGGUUUUCAAAGUACUUCAAGAUGCUCAACGUUGGUAUUCCUCUUGGUGCUGUUCAAAUCAAGAUGCGGCAAGAAAAUGUGGAUCCCAGCAUAUUAGACAAUCCUGAUGCACCAGCACCCCCUGGUGCUCCAACUUCUCCAUGUCCUGCGGAUAACGACAGCUCCGAUGACAGCAGCCUGAGCGAUUGAUGCGACAAGUUUGUGCGCUGGCACCCACAUUCCACGCAUGGUCACGACCAUGCGCCCUGGUACAUUCUCGCCACACGUAUAUUCAUGCCAAACCGAGCCACCGUACUCGAAGAAGACAUUCAACUAGUUUCAAAGCGCCUGUGAAGAAGCUUUACAGGGAGACGGUGUCACCACAGCUUGCUGCACGUAGCACUCGCCGUAACUUAACAGACGUGUGCUGCAGUCUUUGGGGCUGUGUGCCUUUGCUGAUGUGUACUGUGAGCUUAUGUGUUACCUGCAGUCACAGUUGUUCUUUGUGACGACAGUUGAGGCAGCUUAGUGUGCAAGGAAUAUUUGUGUUGGCCAAAAGAUGAUUGCUAGGUCCUUUGGAAGGGUAGCAGGGUAGAUGGUAGUAAUCGAAGUAUUGAAUUGUGAGAGGAUACUUGUACUAGCAACUUUACCGAUGCUCAUGAAUGAAUGGGAUGCAGUGGAAUAAUUGAGACAUUAAGCAUGGUUUCUUAUAGUUUAGCCUUGUAACUAGUAAACAGUUACAAACGUGCAGGAAGACUGUAGACGGUCUUGUGUGAAUUAAGUGUUGCCAGUGCUGGUCAAUACAGCUCUGUAAAUUGGCGUCAGAGAAUUCUUGUUGGUAUCUUGAAUCUGGGGUCGAAAGAGAUUACAGGAUAUGAUGCUGUUGUUUCAUUUUUCUGUGCUUUGUAAAGCAGCAAUACAUGAUUCACACUAUUGCAUGCAUGUAUGCUUUAUAAAUGGUUUGUAAUAGCAGUAGUGUUCCUGGCAUGCUCGUGGAUUCAUUUCCUACCCAUGUCUGUGUGCUUUGUGGUCAUCGGUGCUUUUGCACGAAAAGGUAUUAACAUUCCUCUAACAGAAAGUGUGUUGUCUGGUGCAUGUAAACCCAGUCUUCUGAGAGAUUUCAUAUUACCAGUGCAAAAUUAAACACAAAUUGUAUGUCAUAUAGUUGCUUGUGACGUGUACACUCAUUAGGGAGUCUUUAGAAAUAGCAUACCUAAGCGACUUUGCAUACGCAAGUACACAAACUUCAUUGUAGGCCCUAGGCCCUUUGCAUUCUUUGAUAAGCUUGGUGGUUUGUGUCUCCUAAUUUUAGGGUGCACAAAAUGUAAAACUCCCUAUUGUCUCUAACCUAAAGUGAUGUCAGGCUGUUGUGUUCAUGUGUCAUUCAUUCGUUACUGAACCGUAUACAGUGUAUUAUUAUUUUUAUUGCCCCCUUUUUUUGGCUGCAUAGAUGUCCCAAGCCACUGCACUAAAUGGCAAGAAUGUUUGAUGCUUUUUUUUCAGAAGGCUUGUGACUGUUUGCUGAAACAUUGAGAAACGGCACAGCCACCAUGUGCCGAAGUGCUCCAUGAAGCAUCCAAAUGUGACACCAACAUUUAAAGUUCCUCUUUUGUCCUUGCUUUCAGCAUGUAAAUGAAAAAUACUCUUGUGCUUAUGCUUGUGGCCACUUUGGAUAGUGCUGAAACCAUGGCUUCUUAGUCAUUGUGAUUCUGACCGUAGUGCUUUGAUCAUCAAGUUUUCAUGUGUAUCAACGUGUUUUCAGUGGCAACAGACAGACAGUUGAAAUGUUUGCAAGUUUCUCUAGUCCAUGUUGUCUGUACAUAGUCUGUCACUGUUUCUUGGUUUUCAUGACUAGAUAGCAUGUCUAAAAUCGCCUGCCAUAGAGAUUCCUGAUUUAGGUGUUUAGCAUGAUGACUUAGAAACCCAUUAAAAUCUUGUGAACUCUGAUUAUUUUUUUUUGUACAUAUAGUUUUUUUACUGUUCAUGACUGGAUACUGUCAGAAAUGACCUGCAUGCCGCAAUUAAAUUCACGCUUUCGGUAUUUAUAAAGGUAGUAAGGAACACUACAUGAAGAGCUUCUUGACCUUAUCCAAAUGGGGAAAAAAAAACAGUCGCUUUAUUGACCAAAGUGCAGAGCGACAAGAACAGUGUAUUUGUGUUGUAGUAUUUCAUAUCAAAAUGUGGAGGAUUGAGCCACCCUACUUUUUGUGUGUAGCACAUAAUAUGUGCAGAAGCUGCAGUAUUUGUCAAUUCAUUCUAAUGGUGUAAUUCUUGUAAACUUUUGGAAUUGAAUUCCAUUGUAGUGUGAGCCUCGCCCCCUCCAUCACCGUGUGAUUGUGUGGCAUUGGUGCGUCUUAAACACCUUUGUUCAAAGAAUCACGCUUUUUCGCACUUGGACACAUUUCCCAUGUUUUUCGGGCUGGAACAUUGUCGAGUCACCAUGAUUUAGCCAUCAAGUCAAAAGAGCAGUAUGCAGGUCACACUUGAAGCACUUUCUGUAAAUCUGCAAUUUCCACAGCAUUUGUUGCGUUGCAUGUUUCAUAUAGGAUGAAAGUGAAAUACGUUCAUAGCAAGACAUGGGAAAACAGAAAUACAGCACACUGGCAUUUUUUUCUCGGCUUUGAUUACUGCAGUGUACCUUCCUCAUUUGCCUGAUCAUUUUUGCUUCUGCACUAAUGUUGCUACUGCGACACUCGUAAUGUACCGGUGCUUUUUAAUUUAACGGCUAUUUCAUGUCGGACUAAUUCAUGUGUUUGCAAGAAACAGCAGGAAAGUCCAAAUAAUUCAGAUUUUCUGUUAUAGACCUAGAAACGUUUACUAUAUGAAGAGUACAGAAUCUUUGGGGACAUAAAAUUCUAGACUUAUCUUGGGAAUCUUUGGCACAUCAGACAGAUCUUCAUUCUCUGGCACCCAUUUCUGAAGAUUAUCAUAUACUACUUAACACAUGUAUGUACAUUGAAAUAGGCAUUUGAUUGUGCAAAAAUAAACGUGUACUUAUGUUCCGUGUACCUAGGAUGACAUAGCAGUACUAAUAAAACUCCACUGUGUUUAUUUUUUCCGUAGUGCUGUACAGAAAAGAGAUGUUUCAAAUGAAGCUACCUAUCAUAACGUCUGAGCAUAUGCUGCAUCACCACAAGCAUUAUAUACAAUGCUUCAUGUCAUCCUCCCUGCCUUUCCCACCACGUUUCUCUCUCUUCAUGUCAUAUGCCAAGCCCUCUGUGUUAGCAGUUUCCAUCUGUGAUAACAGCAAAAAAAACUUUGUUUAGGCAAUUGUAUUAUUUAAACCUCUCACUAUGGGCACUUUUCGAUCGGUAUGCUGUAUUUCACUUUCUUCAUGCUCAAGCAUGUGUAUGCUUUUAUUUCUUGUGCCCACAGUUCAUCAUCAUCGUGAUGCGCUGCACUUUGAUUUCACAGGCAAAUCUGCGAGCUCUUGAGUUCUCUAUGGCAGCUACAGUUUCCAAUUAGAAGCUAGUGAACACUGAUCGUUAAUAAUUCUUGUUCACAGCUUCUAGCAGCACUGUUCAUUGUCGCUGUGCGACAUCAAGUCCUGCAGAGCAGACUUUAGUUUUAAAUUAUUACGACCAGCACAUAAUGGGAGACAUAAAACACGUCUCCGAUGUUUUCCUCUACCGUUAUGUGCUGUUUGUUUGUCAUACAGAACCAACUCGGCCAAGGCUACACCUUGCAGACUUCAGUACUAUUGAAGAAUUUUAAGUCAUUGCCUGUGGUAACCGCCACCAUGGCAGUUGAAACACCAUUAUAUGACAAUAAUAUGUUCAAUUUUCAAGAGCUUCUCACUAAUGCUUUCAAGGUCUUGAAGAUAAUCAUUGGGGCAAACUAGCAUUAAAAAAAUCACCUUCAUGAACUGUUGCCAUCAUUUUUGCCCAAAUUUUAAACAUACGUAAGGUUGUAAGGUUACGCUGCCGGCAUAAGGUUUCAUGAUGGUCCACUUCUUAACUCUGCAGCAAAAGGAAUGCUGUUAUGCAAGGACUUUGUGGCUCGGCCCUAGGCAAAGCGAAUUGAAAUGCAUGCGCUAUUUAUUACCCCAUAGUUGACAAAUCAUUCCAGCUCUAGACUCCAUUGAAGGCACUAUCCUAUGAAAUUCAGUGUCAUUCCUCGCUUGUUAGUCACUUGAUUUCUGGAUGUGUGUGUGUUUAUAUGCAAGCUUUACCAUAGUCUGUACACAAGAUGCUUUAAAUGUGAAGCUGUUUCUUUUCCCCGCUUUGUUGACAUGUCUCGAAACAGUGGCACAUUAGACCAAAUGCUGGAGCCACUUGUGAUAUGUGAAGGCAAUGUGAUAAAACUGGAAGCUUGGUGAAGUCUGUAUUUGUAUUCGCCUACAUUUUACAAGAUGAUGCAAAGCAGGUGAAUGAGCUGUUUACAGUUAUGUAAUUAUAAAAAAUAUAUAUCACUGUAUGAA